CGCGCUCUUCGUUGGCUUACUUCUAUAGCGGAAGGCUUAGAGCCCAGCAGAAGAACAACUACCAAGCUCUAACUAGCCGGCUUGGUCUAGCGAUUUUCAUUUUCAUAUGUACAUUUAUUUUCGUCUCCUUUUUUGUCAUCGCAAGCCGUGACAACUGAACCAAGACUUAUAUUUUUACCGUUUCUUCAAUUUUGUUUGGAUACCGGUAAAUUUUAGUCAGAGCCAUCGAUCAAGAGCAAAUCAAUUCGCGACGACAUUGAGAUUGUGAAUGGUGUAUUAAAGUGUGUGAAAAGUUCAUCGGUCGCGGACAGUUACGCAAGUUCGACAAUCGCAAAUACAUUUAGGGAAUUCUUCAAGCACGCUAAAGAUGGCGAAUUCCAUACAAGUUGUAAUUUGGCUACUACUAGCGUUGGCUGUUAAUCAUUCUUUAGGACGGAUAGCUUUCGAAAAAUUGACAGACUUUGACUAUAGAGGGAACACCUACUAUACAGUGAAGAACUUGAGCUUAUACGAAUGUCAAGGAUGGUGUAGAGAGGAGCCCGACUGUCAAGCUGCUGCGUUUAGUUUUGUCCUGAAUCCGCUAAUCCCAGUCCAGGAAACUCAAUGUCAAUUGCAAAAUGAAACACAGGCCAACAAUCCUUCAGCAACGGCGCAAAGAAGUGUGAACAUGUAUUACAUGACCAAGCUUCAGCUGCGCAGUGAUAACAUCUGCCUCAGACCAUGGGCUUUCGAAAGAGUGCCCAACAAAAUGAUUAGAGGUCUAGACAACGCACUCAUCUACACUUCAACCAAAGAAGCCUGUCUAGCUGCGUGCUUGAAUGAGCAUCGAUUUACCUGCAGAUCUGUUGAAUACAACUACGUAACUCUACAAUGCCAACUCAGCGACACUGACCGAAGAUCAGCAGGCCAAUUCGUUCAGUUCGUCGAUGCUCAGGGAGUGGACUAUUUUGAGAAUCUUUGCCUCAAAGGCAAUCAAGCUUGCAAAGGUAAUAGGAUUUUCCAAACUCCUCGUAUCGGCGUGGCUGAUGACAAAGUUGCUCAAUAUGCUGGCUUAAACUACUACACCGACAAAGAACUGCAAGUGACAUCAGAAGCUGCAUGCAGAUUGGCAUGUGAAAUCGAAAAUGAAUUUCUAUGCAGGAGUUUCCUGUUCAAAGGCCCACCACUGGGAUCCCAAUAUAACUGCCAACUUUUCCAUCUGGACCAUAAAACUUUACCCGAUGGUCCCAGCACUUAUCUUAAUGCAGAAAGGCCUUUGAUCGAUGGAGGAGAAAGAAUUGGAUCAUAUUUUGAAAAUGCAUGUGAAAAUUCUGGAGCAGCAAUUGGAUCCGAAAAGAACACCCUUCCAGUCGUUUUCAAUACAUCCAUUGACCCAACGUUGAACAAUCUCACCAAAACUGCCGACGUAAAUUGCGACAAAACUGGAACAUGUUACGACGUUGCGGUAAAUUGCAAAGACACAAAAAUCGCAGUUUCGGUGAGAACGAACAAACCGUUCAAUGGCAGAAUUUACGCAUUGGGCAGAUCUGAAACCUGCAAUGUGGAUGUUAUUAAUAGCGAUCUCUUCAGAUUGGAUCUUACCAUGACCGGUCAGGACUGCAACACUCAAUCAGUGACGGGAGUUUACAGUAACACGGUUGUUUUACAACAUCAUAGUGUUGUGAUGACAAAAGCUGAUAAAAUCUACAAAGUGAAAUGCACCUACGAUAUGUCUUCUAAGAACAUCACGUUUGGAAUGAUGCCCAUCAGAGAUCCAGAAAUGAUCAGCAUCACUUCUGCUCCUGAGGCUCCACCACCAAGAAUUCGCAUCUUGGACAGUCGUCUUAGAGAAGUCGAAACAGUUAGGAUUGGAGAUAAACUUACGUUCAGAAUUGAAAUUCCCGAAGACACUCCUUACGGCAUCUUUGCAAGAAGCUGUGUGGCAAUGGCAAAGGACGCAAAGAGCACGUUCCAGAUUAUCGAUGAUGAAGGAUGUCCAGUCGAUCCAAGCAUUUUUCCAGCAUUCACUCCAGAUGGAAAUGCGCUUCAGUCAGUUUAUGAGGCUUUCCGAUUUACGGAAUCGUAUGGAGUCAUAUUCCAGUGCAAUGUGAAAUACUGUCUAGGACCAUGUGAACCAGCUGUUUGUGAAUGGGGACGUGAUUCGAUAGAAUCAUGGGGAAGAAAGAAGAGAAGCGUCCAAAAUCAAACCGAUGAAGAGAAGGAGGAAGACAUGACUUUAAGCCAGGAGAUUCUCGUAUUGGACUUGGGUGAUGAAAAACAAUCAGAGUUCCUUAAGAGCGACCCAGCCAAUGCAGACUAUGGAAAAGACAAAACUGUGACCAUUAUCGAACCAUGUCCGACAAAAACAUCAGUUUUGGCUUUGGGAGUAACCUGCGCCCUAUUGGUUCUGUUGUACAUCUCAACGCUCUUCUGCUACUAUAUGAAGAAAUGGCUGAACCCCGGUAAACACUUGGCUUAAAGUAAGUGUAUGAACACUAGUGGUGCUUUUCAUGGAAAACGCCACCGCAUUAGGAAAAUGUAGUUAUGGAAAUACCUUUUGGUAUUGCACUCGGUACCUUUUGCAAUUAAGCCCUAAUACUGAAGCAAUACUUGAAUUAGGUUUAUUGUUUUACGCGUAUAAUAGUUUCAAUGAGUUUAUAAAAUAAAUUUGGGGGUUGUGAAAUGUAAAUAUUUAAGUUUACGGAACAAGCAGAAACAUCGAAAUCAAUUAAUAAAAUGACCCCAAAAUUUAUUUUUCAAAUAAACCAGCAAUUCUAGCCGUGUCUGGGUGAAAAUCCAUUAAAAAUUUAAAUUAAUGUUUGCAAUACCAUUCAAAACACGAGCUAUUAUUCCUGAAAUAAUUAGAAUGUUAAGGCUUCUUAUUAUAUUUCACAACAUUUCUUGUCUCAUAACAUUUUCAGCAAAGCUAAUUUUUUAAAGAAAUGUUGUGGACUACUUUACCCACGAUAAAAGCAGUAAAGCAGCAUUGAAGACAACUAGAAAUAUGUACGGUAUUUUUAUGAGAAUCCUUAGAGACUUUUUACGUAUUGAUAUCUCUGAAAGACUCUCAAAUAUUGAUAGCAACUGUUUACUUAACGUAUCACGUUUUUACUUCGGGCACUGGUGGAGGUCUUGGUGGUGGUAUACUGUGAUCUUUGAAAAUUAUGCAAACAUUUUUUACCGCUGCAGAUUUGCAAAAAUACAAUUUUGCCUGAUCUCUCGUAAGUUAGAAGGUAGUUUGCUUACUAAAGUCCAAGUUAUUUCCAAAUGUACCCUCUAACUUGCCACAAAUUACUUUUUGAUUUAUCGAUAAGAAAAAUUUGUCGCGGUAAAAAAAUACAUUUGCUUUGUGGUCUUCUUGAUAUUACGAAUAAAUUAAGUUAUUUAUAAAUAUUAUUUAUUAUAUUGUGUCAAUUAUAAGUAUUACUCAGCUGCAUUAAUAUAUAAGCUUAGAGGUAGAAUGUAUAUAAAUACUUUAACAUCAAUAACGCGGAAUAGUAGUAAUUCAUUAAAAUAAUUAAAUGUAGCUCCAAUUUUAUACUUUCCUAUGUAAUAAGAAAGAAUAAUAAUAAAACGUAUAACAAAA